CGUAAUUCGUGUUGUCAACGUAGCGACAGUAGAGAUAUCGAAUAUUAGGUGUUCAGAAUUGUGUUUUAUUGUUGACGAUUCUUUUCUAAGGAUCUUACUUCUGAGAUUCGUCUGUCGAUGUAAUUGCAAGACUCAUUAGACGAGAUGAGGUGGGUUAUCUUUUUGCAAUUCCUAUUUCUAGUGGUAAAUUCUUGUCAAGAGUUUUGGAAAAAUUGGGAAAAUGUUUCUUGUCCGUCAUCGGCAAACACCUGCUACGAAUCGAAGAACUUUUCCACUAUUGAAAUAUUCAAUCAAUCCUUAUCCAUUACGUGCGGCGAGGAAACGAUUGACUCUCGUUUGAUGCAAUGUUUGGACGUUAAAAAUGUACAAGAGAUAAAAUUUACUUAUUGUUUUCUGUCGGGGAUUGAUUUUGGAAUAUUCACUUUGGGGUACAGAAUCGAACACGUGAAGAUAAGGUGCUUCCCAUUCUCGUAUAAAAGAAACUUCGAGAGCGCCUCGUUUAAUAACAUGCCCUUUCUGCGAUUUGUCGAAAUAGAAGGCGUGAAGACGUCGGAACUUCUAAAUGUAACAUUUCACAAUGUUCCAUCCCUGACUAAAUUGGAAAUUGUCAUCUCUAACUUCACUUUAUUUCCCAACAAACCUUUUCGAAUGUUAAUUAAUCUUUCCGAAUUAUACAUCACGGAUGGUAAGUUAAACGUUUUACCAGAAGAUCUAUUUUAUAAUCUUCACAAAUUGACAAAACUAGGAUUAACUUACAAUAACAUUAAAUCGAUUCAUCCACUUGUGUUUAGAAAUCUUACCAAACUCGAACAUUUGGAUUUAGGAAUGAAUCAAAUAAAGGAUUUACCGGGUGACACGUUGAAAGGUCUUUUUAACUUAAGGACAUUUUAUAUAUAUGGAAAUCGUAGAUUAUCACAAAUUCCGUCCGGAUUCUUUAAGAAAAUGCACAACUUGACUGAAUUUAGAGCAGGGAGUUGUUCCUUUUCUUCACUCGAAGAAGACGUAUUUUCUGAUUUAAUUAAUUUGAAAAUCCUCAAUUUAGAUUACAACCAAAUUGAACAUCUUCCGUCAAAUCUUCUGAAAAAUAACAAACUACUAACAGAGUUUCCCUGUUCCUAUAAUAAAAUAUUGACACUUCCAAUUGGAAUUUUUGAUGGACUUUCGGAACUACAAUGGUUGAACUUGAAAAAGAACCGAUUAGAAAAUCUUCUCGAAGAUAUUUUUCAGAAUUUAUCGUCGUUGAAGGGUCUCGAUUUAUCAAAAAAUCGCCUGACAUCUUUGCACGAAAACAUCUUCCUCCCAUUGACUAGAUUAACGCUUCUCGAUCUAUCUGAGAACAAUUUAACUAAAAUUAUCGGUGAGCAUCCUUUUGGCAUCAGCAAGAAUCUAACUAAUCUGAAUUUAAAUAAUGCAGGUUUGACACAAUGGCCGAUGAUAAAUUGGACAUUAUACAACUUAACUAAUGUCGAUUUGUCAAAUAAUCAUUUUGAAACAGUGAAAUUGCCAAUUUAUACACCAAAUCGCAUUAAAAUUGAUCUGAUUAACUGUAAAAUCAGAACAAUUUACAUGGAUGACAGGAAAUAUGGAUUUGAAAUGCCGACAUAUUAUUUAAAUUAUAAUGAAAUUACAGUACUUGUAACUACGAACUGCAACAGUUCGUUUCUGCCCUUAAAUCAAAUAUAGAAGUGGCAAAAAAAAUGUUUCCAAAUAUAGAGAAGACGAAAUGUUUACGGAGAAGAAAGAAAUUUGCUGGAUAAUACAUCGUUCGUAGUCAUAGGAAAUUAUUGUCCAAUGAAUUGAGUAUGUUCUAUACAAGAAAAUCACGUGAUGGUCAAUUGUUCCGGAAAGGGAAUCGAUAGCAUUCCCGAAGUUCUCGUCUCGAGUAAUAAUUACAUAAACGACUUGUCAAAUUUCGAUUGUGUGACGUGCAAAAACGUCACCCAUCUACGUCUGAGUAAUAAUUCAAUAAGUAAGAUUCCGGAUUAUUUUCUUUUGCCAAAUAUUAAAUGGCCGUGGUUGGACGGAAACCGGUUAACCGAAUUACCGUCCGGAUUAACGAACCUGAUCGACGUUUCUCCGGAAUUUAAGAUUUACUUAUCCAGAAACAAUUGGAAUUGCCAUUGUAAUUUGCUUUUUACUAAGGACUGGUUGCUUAGAAACCGGCAGAAGAUUGCAGAUUUCUUUCAUGUUUUAUGCGCGAGAAAUUCGUCUUCUGUGUCUUUCCUCGAUAUUGUUUAUAAUGACGGAUGCACAGAAAUUCCAGAAAUAAAUUUGGCAUCUCCAGUAAAUGCUUCUUCUUCGAACGAAUAGUGAUUGGAUGAAGUUAGUUCUGUUUCGGGAUGGAAAAUCGCAGUGGCAGUUCUUACUUCGCUAAUGUUAUUAGGUGUGAUUAUUGUUGCUUCCUUUGUUUAUUGUCGCAGAAAAGAAAGUGCCGAAUUAAAACGCUUUAAUGUAUAAUUUUUCGUAAAUUGCUAUUAUAGUAGACCCUCUAUA